AUGCAGGUUGGAUUAGAAAAUAUAUUUGAGAGAUCGGUACAGGACCCUUGCUGUCUCAUAGAAGAUGAGAUGGAUACCUAUACCGAGUUCCCAAAAUACGACUACAGUCACUGCCAAGCGGGUCAAGAUGAGCUACAUGGGUAUACCUCGCUAAGGAAGUAUAACUCUGUGCCAAGCAUCCCACUACAACAUAAUACUCAGCAUAUAAUUCCUGUGUCGCCAACACAGGCACGUGAUCACACUACGCGCCGUCGGUCUAGUCUAUACUCCGCUGAUCCGUCGCAUACUUGUAGGAGGUCGCAUAGCAACGCUAAUAUACUGUGCACUCCUACGCAAAACAGGUCUAAGAGGAAUUCUUUGUGUUCCCCUCAUAGCAGUAGGCCCCAAGAAGGUCCCAUGAGGUCACGCUCGCAAUCGGUGGUUGCUAUCCCCUCACACCUUCUAAGCAUAGAAAAAUAUAUAACAUCAGAGUUGGAUACAAAUAUCUCGCCUACAAUAAAUCCAUCAACCAAGGCAAAUCCUCCAUUUUUAUCAAGCCAGUCUUCGUCUGAUUCUGGUUCUUAUACCAGUGACUACACCAGACCACCAACUACAAGAAGAAGAUCAUCAUUCAAAGUAUCCUUGGCUAGUUCAUUCUCCAGCUAG